CCCAGCCAUCCCCAUCCAGCCAUCGCAACGGGAUGCAAGCAAGAGCACGUCAACUGCUUUACCUACUGCCGGUGUCACUGUACUGUACGCAGAGUCCUUGCGCUCGACUCCUUUGGAUAUCGAUGGGGGAGGUUGCUCGAUUUCGCAACCCACCAUCCAUUCAUUGUCCCUUCCUCUAUCGAGCAUCAAUCGAUGGCAUGGCCCUUGCCUAUUUUGUUCUUUUUCCCUCUUUGUGUCAUUUGUCUUUCCUUCGUUCCUUCCUCCGUUCGGAUGGAUAGUGAAUCUCUCCUUCCCUUCCCUUCCCUUCCCUUCC